UCCAUAUCCGGUCUAGCAGACCGGGAUCUGGAUGAUAACCCUCUUGACUCCUGCGUGUCUCUGAUAUAUCCUGCCAGGAGCGGAAGUGUCUGGGAUUCUGCUCAAUCCACAUCUCUCCAAAACAGUCGUUUGUAAAGGGAGACCUGGACGAACGCGUACCGUCUGCAUCUCUUCCCAUACCAUCGUCUCCUCGAGUCGGGCCCCAUUCAGCGUCGCCGUGCACUAAUUUAACGUAGCACGGGACAUGCUCCAUCAGGUCAGGCUUUUUUACUACGGCACACAUGCGUAAUUACUGACAAAGCAACGAGGGGGAAGAGCCGAAAAGGCGGUGAUAAUAAUUCGGAUGGCUCUUUUAUUUCCGACGGAUUCGUUAUAGGUCUGCGCAAUCGACGUGAACGCCUGCCUGGACACAGGAGAGGAUUAAGUUACUGCUGCCGGCGGCGGAUUAUUUUAUUGGCCUCCUCCUGUCACGCCCGAGUCUUUGGUGAUCCUUUUUCCAAUUAAGAACGUCGCUCGAAAGCCAGAUAUGUCUUUCCGGCGAGGAGUGGUCAGGCAGAGCAAAUUCCGCCAUGUUUUCGCUCAGGCGUGGAAGGCCGAGCACUGCAUCGACGACGUCAGGGUGUCCCGUGUGACGUGGGACAGCCCCCUCUGCGCGGUCAACCCCAAGUUCAUCGCCGUUAUCAUUGAAGCGGGCGGAGGGGGAGCCUUCCUCGUUGUUCCGAUAAGCAAGAGCGGCAGAAUCGAUCAGUCCUGUCCGACAGUUUGUGGCCACGCUGCACCUGUGCUGGACAUCCAGUGGUCUCCUCAUGACGACAAUAUCAUUGCAAGUGCCUCAGAGGACUGCACAGUGAAGGUGUGGCAGAUCCCAGAUGGGGGCCUGACAAGUCCAAUGACUGAGGCCAUUGUGACCCUGGAGGGCCACAGUAAAAGAGUGGGCAUCCUUGCUUGGCACCCAACUGCCUUCAACAUCCUACUAACUGCAGGCUGUGAUAAUGUCAUAUGUGUGUGGAACGUGGGGACAGGGGAGCUCGUGUACCAGCUGAGUGAUGCCCAUCCAGACCUGAUCUACAGUGUCAGCUGGAACAAGGAUGGCAGUGCUGUCUGCACCUCUGCAAAGAUCAAGGCCCUGCGUGUCAUCGACCCACGAAGAGGCACCGUGCUCAAGGUGAAAGAGAAGGUCCAUGAUGGUACCAGGCCUAUGAGAGCAGUGUUCCUCUCAGAUGGGAAGAUCCUGACCACAGGCUUCAGCCGUAUGAGCGAGAGACAGCUGGCAUUGUGGGAUACGAAAGAUCUGUCUGAGCCUAUGGCUGUACAAGAAAUGGAUACAAGUAACGGAGUUCUUCUACCCUUUUAUGACCCUGACACAAACAUGGUUUACCUAUGUGGGAAGGGGGACUGUACCAUCCGGUAUUUUGAGGUGACAGAUGAAUCCCCCUAUGUUCACUUCCUCAAUUUAUACAGCAGCAAGGAGCCUCAGAGAGGGGCCGGCUUUAUUAGUAAAAGAGGCGUGGAUGUCAACAAGUGUGAAAUUGCCAGGUUCUACAAACUGCAUGAAAGGAAAGUGGAGCCCAUCUCUAUGACUGUACCACGGAAGUCAGAUCUGUUCCAGGGAGACCUUUACCCGGACACAGCCAGCUUGGAGCCGGCUCUCCUGGCUGACGAAUGGAUCGCCGGGCAGGAUGCACCGCCGCUCUUGGUCUCCCUAAGCGGUGGGUACACGGCUCCUCCAUCCAAGCACAGAGACACCCUGAGGAGCAAGCCCAAGCUUGUCUCACAGGAUUCUGGGACCGGGGCCGCCCCGGCUUCCACUCCUACACCUACACCUACCUCUGCUGCCAAGGAGACGGAAGAGGAAGCGCCACAGCCACGAGUAGCCACAAGAGAGACAGAUGGGAAUACUGAGAGGCCGAAGAGAGAGGAUGACAUUUUGAACGAGCUGUUGGCAGAGAUGAAGGCUUUACGCGCCGUCGUGCUCGCUCAGAGUCAGCGAAUCGAGUUGCUGGAGAGGCAGCUGGCCCGGAUUGAAGAUGGGGACGUAUGAGGAGGCAGGAGAUCCACUACAUUCAGAGGGGCAUUCUUACUAAACCCAUAGACCAUAGCCUUACUAGAAUCAACUGUACCUUAAGCUGUGUGAGUGGGAGAAUGUAGUGUAGUGUAGCAACUAACUGUGAAUCACAGUGGCUUACAACCAGGUCAACUAUUGCAAAGAAAACAAGACCACAGUUUGUUUCUGCAGUUGUUUUCCAGAUUGUGGUUGAGAACAGGGCAUCAUCUGCAUAGAGUGAAAUUUAACAGUGAGAUAAUGUUUGGUUUUAUAUAUGAAGGAAUAUUGUAGCAGCUAUCUGGUGGUGCAUAUUGUGCAGCUGUGAGCUUUGCAAAAUCCAUGUUUUAAUUUUGAAGGGCUUUGAGGGAAUUACAGUGGAACCAUUGCCUCAAAUUAAUGCACAAAAUAAGAACAAACAGCAUUAUAUUAAAGCAAAUGAAGGCUGACUUUCUAUAGCAAAGCGAUUAAGUACCUCUAAUAUGUUUUUUUUCCUCUGACGCACAGACAAAUGUAAGCAUUAGGGCUAUUUAAUCAGGUAGUUAAAGCUGCUAAACUGUGAUGUCACAUCAGACCCCCACUUGUUAACUCAUUGUGUAACUUGUGCUUUGUUUCACUACUUCAUUAUAGGACGCCUUGAAUAAGGUUAACGGUAGGAAUAAAUCAAGACCCUGACGGAGAGAACUGGGUGAAUGGUAGCUGACAAAGUAUAGCUAAAUAUUUAUGUGUAACGUAAUUCUGUGUAGUCUUUGCAGUCAAUGAAAAGGUAACACUUGUGAUUUUGUACCUCAUGUUGUCAGAGUUUCUGUGACAUCACGAGGUGAAAUAUUUGUCCACAUUAUCAUUAAGAUAUAACACACAGAAAUGCUUGUCUCUUUACCUUAUUUUGACGUGUGGCUGCGGUAUCACAUGCCCCCUAAAGAACCAGGAUCUUUGCUGAGUAUUUAGAAGGGCAGUAAACUUUACACUUUUUAGUAAAAGCUGUCAGACAAAAUGGAAGUUGCCCAGUGGACACAGGACAGUUUCUGCACACACAAAUACAAUCUUAACACUACUGACAGUGCAGUCUCACUGAAACUCUCCUCACUUCAAAGUAUCUGCAGCCACAAGAAAGAGGAAGUUAGAAUGAAAUGUGGAACAUUUUCUACAGUUUGCAAAUGCAUUUGUAUUGGUGUUAAAUGAUGGAAAGCUCUUUUCAAUUUUUUAUUAUUAUUAUUAUUAUUAUUUUAGUUUUGUGUUUUUUGCCCUUACAUGUAGAGGCACUUAUCUGUUACCUGUCGACCAGUCAGUUAUAGUGCGACAAUGGUACAUUCCACAUCAAACUAAUCCCUUUAUUACUUUAAUUGUAAUUUAUAUUUCUUUAUUCACUGACCUCUUAACACUAACUGUAAAACCAGUAGCAUUUUACAGAAGACUACAUUGUAAAAACUCAAUAAACAUUCAUUCCUCCUUUGUAUUAA